CGCCAGUUCCACAAGCCCUUCAGAUUAUGUAACAGCUCAGUGUCAACAACGCCGGCCUGUGGAGGACAAGUUAAGGAGGUCUUUGCCAGUGAUGCAGCUCAGCAUCGCUGGACUUUCCCCAGCUUGCGUACUCUACCCAUCCUCCUCCUCCUCCUCCUCCUUCGUCCCGUUGCCAUAUCCACCCACCAGCCCACCCUCUCCCUACCUUCGUCUCUUUCUCUCAUCCUCUCUCUCUUUUAUAUAUACACACACACACACACACACACACACACACACACGCUACAUUCAAUCACAAAUGCACAGGGAUUGCAGCAACAGCAGCAGCAGCAGCAACACCACGGCGAGAUGGAGAGCUCCGCCGCAUGUGUGAGCGUCUAUUCCCGCUGUCACUGCGCCGGCCGCCUCGCUCUCGGUCCCCUGGCAGCCCGCGAGAGCUGCUCCUGUGGCUGGAUGGCACCCCGGCACCCGCUGAAUACAUGGAGGGAUCUGCGCUUUCUUGUCCUUUGCACCUCUAAUCUGGUUCUCGAGGAAAUAUGGUGAGCAAGGAGGACACCCAAUGCAUUGUCCUCUCAAACUCAGAAGACGAAUCAGAUUCAGAGACAGCGCCAUCGCACAGCCUUGAUGCGGAGUGCGGAACAGAAUCAGGCAAGCAGCAAGUAAAGAAGAGGAACAAAGCCUUACAAGUCCGUUUUAAGGAUAUCUGUGAAGCUCAGAAUGAACACCGUGGAAGACGGUCCAGAUCCAUUUCCUGUAAAGUAACUCACAGAAAGUACAUGACAAUGCCUGCCAGGCGCUCCAUCCCAAAUGUCACCAAGAGUACUGGUGUCCAGACAUCACCGGACCUCACCAAGAGAUACAAAACAUUUCCUUUUGAGAGAAAAAAGGGACAUACUUUUAAACACACUGCAUUGGUGGAGGACUAUAGAGGACAAAACAAUGGUUUUUUGAGUGAUAUAAAAGUUGGAGGGGAGGAUGGACAAAUAAUUGGGGAGUCCUCUAAGUACAAGGGUAAGAUUGUUGGACAAACAAAAGCAUUGCUUCAUCACACCGACGACAGCAGUGACACAGAGGAUUUGCUUUCUAGUGCCAAUUGUGUGGACGGACCAUCAUGUCCAGAGUCAUCACAUUUCACAGAAGAGUGCUGUCCAACCAGCCCUCCUUCCAAAAGUGAACCGGAAAAUCAGGUUUCAGACAGCAGGGCCAAACAUAAAGGAUUAUCCAAAGAUGACAUAGACCCUGGCACUUCCUCCAAGUGCCCUGACAACUCAAAGGACACGGGCCCUGUUGCAUGGAACUCAUUAACACAGGAGGACACUCUGGCAAGCCCAUCUGUGAGCAGUGAAUGGAAGAAGGGCGCACAGUUAAAUGAACAACAUUCACAGACCCUACCCCACAGCGCCAAGUGCUCUGUACAGUCACAAGGGCAGUAUCGGAGAAGGCACCUGUCCGCUUCAUCAAAACUUCAGCAAACAGUUGGUCAGGAUGAGAGUUUCCCUGUAGGAGUUACAGGAGCUUCAGGCAGGGGAAGCAGCCAGCAGAUAAGACCCUCAUCUGGAGACAAGGACAUCAAAGCACAGCUGCAGGCCAUGGAGAGCCUCAUCAUCUCCAGCCAGGAGAUGAUCAAGGUCCUUCUUGGAGUUAUUCAGGAGCUGGAGAAGCGUGAAGCACAGAGAGAGGGGCUCUCUUACAGAACGGGACAAGACACAGCAAACUGUGACACUUGUCGAAACAGCGCAUUCAUCAUCUACAGUGUGGAGCUGGACUUCAAGCUGCAGGAGGACAAACUGCAGCCCCUAAUGAAGAGACUUUGUCCCCUGGACAGCCAGCCAUGUCCUGCUCUGCCUUACUCCAGCGAAGUGUUCACAUCCACCCCGAAGCGCAAGUCCAAGGCGGAGUCCAAAAAGCACACUCGCUGGAAACUUUGGUUCCUUUGAGGAAAACACAAAAGCUUUGGCAGUGGUCUUUUCCGCCGUUAAAUUCCGCCAUUAUUCUCAAAAAGGAUGAAGGAAUAUUCAGGAAGGCUGAUCAAACCCAUGAGGACAGUCGAUGACAGAAACCAGUGGAACCAAUUCAGAAUCGGUUUCUGAGUUGAGAAAUCACAUCAAGUCAAGUUGGGGACAGCAAAAAAAAAAUAAUAAAAACAAACUAAAACAUUUAAAAUUCUGUCAUACCAUUUUCUGGCAUGAUUGCUGGAGAGAAUCAACUCCCACCUGCAAAAUCGAGAGUUUGGUAACAAGAGGAGGCGCCAUGCGGAGUGAAGUUACAGUAUAUAAUCUUCGGAAGCGACAUCAACCCCGCAUCCGGCAAA